ACUAGAGGAGCGGGAAAGAUGAAGAUGGGUCGGAGAGAGAGGAGGAGGAAGAGCGAGAGGGGUUGAGGGUGUGAGAGGGAAGGGGAAGGGAAUAGGGAGAUAAUGAUGGGGAGGGGGGAGGGAAGAUGGAAAUGAUGGGAUGCUGCUACUUACUCUCAACUUUAGGGGAGGCCGACUGACUGACAGGCGGAGACAGGCGGACGGGAUUUUCCAGAGAACGCGAGAAGGAACGCCAGGCACACACCCUCCCGAACCGUGCCUGUAUUUCUUUUUCUUUUUGACCCUCUGGUUGUUGAUUUUUGUUCCCUUGGGCCCCUCCAGCGAUGCCUUUGGGAUGAAUUUUUUUUUUACUUUUUAUCUGGUUCACCCUCUCGUUCGAUCAAAGUUCAUAGAACUGCGAAGGGGCAAAAAAAAAGUAAAGAGAUGACUUGGGGGGCCCGAUUAAAAAUCCACGAGGGGAAACCCGAUCAAGUGUAUCGUACGUACUCCGUAGUAUGUACCUACUACACCAAGGG